CGGCACGUGGGGGCGGUGCCGGCCGGAGGCGCAGGUUCUGCGUGCGGCGCCGGGCGAGUGCGGCGGCGCGGUAGGGCUGAGCCUGUGCCCAGCGUGUAGACAGCCCGGCAGCCAUGGAGCCAUCAGCCCCGCAACCCCCGCCUGCUGGGUACCACUGCAUCCACGACGGCGACUACGUGGUGCUGAAACGGGAAGACGUGUUCAAAGCAGUGCAGGUGCAGCGGAGAAAAAAAGUGACUUUUGAAAAACAAUGGUUCUACCUGGAUCAUGCUAUUGGCCAUAAUUAUGGAUCGACAUUUGAAGUGACCAGUGGGGGGAGUCUUCAGCUCAGGAAGAAGGAGGAAGAGCCUGCUUCAGAGACUAAAGAAGCGGGCACUGAUAAUCGGAAUAUAAACGACGAUGGGAAAUCUCAGAAACUUACUCAAGAUGAUAUAAAAGCUUUGAAAGACAAAGGCAUUAAAGGAGAGGAAAUAGUUCAGCAGUUAAUUGAAAAUAGUACAACAUUCCGAGACAAGACAGAAUUUGCCCAAGAUAAAUAUAUUAAAAAGAAGAAAAAAAAAUAUGAAGCCAUCAUUACUAUUUUGAAGCCAUCUACCCGUAUUCUUUCAAUUAUGUAUUAUGCAAGAGAACCUGGAAAAAUUAACCACAUGAGAUACGAUACACUAGCUCAGAUGUUAACCUUGGGAAAUAUCCGUGCUGGCAAUAAAAUGAUUGUCAUGGAAACGUGUUCUGGCUUGGUGCUAGGUGCCAUGAUGGAACGAAUGGGAGGCUUUGGCUCCAUUGUUCAGCUGUACCCUGGAGAUGGACCUGUUCGGGCUGCAACAGCUUGUUUUGGAUUUCCCAAAUCUUUCUUCAGUGGUCUUUAUGAAUUCCCCCUCAACAAAGUAAACACCCUUCUAAAUGGAACAUUUUCUGCUGAGAUGUUGUCUUCGGAGUCCACAGAUGGCACUUUAGUUAAAGAAAGUAAUGGCACAUUAGAGGGAAGACACAUAACUGAGCAAGACAAGGAAGACACGAGGGCAGAGGCCCCGGAAGGCCCUCACCCGGAAGAACAGGAGACAGGGGAAGUUGUUUCUCAAGAUCCAGAAUAUAAGGAGCCUAAAGACAGAAAAAGCAGAAAAGAUUAUAUUCAGGAAAAGCAAAGGAGACAAGAAGAGCAGAGGAAAAGACAUCUAGAGGCUGCUGCUCUGCUGGGUGAAAGAAAUGCCGAUGGCUUGAUUGUGGCCAGUCGUUUCCAUCCUGCUCCAUUGCUGCUGUCUUUGCUGAACUUUGUGGCCCCUUCAAGGCCAUUCGUAGUCUACUGUCAGUAUAAAGAGCCUUUGUUGGAGUGCUACACAAAACUGCGGGAACGAGGAGGGGUCAUCAACCUGAGGCUGUCUGAAACCUGGCUCAGAAAUUACCAGGUCUUGCCAGAUCGAAGUCAUCCCAAACUGCUGAUGAGCGGAGGUGGAGGGUACCUUCUAUCAGGCUUCACUGUUGUCUUGGACAGCCUUCGAGCAGACCCCAGCCUCAAGUCCAGUGCAGGCACUUUAGACUCAUAUAAGGCUGAGGAGCCAGCAGCCAAAAAACAAAAAUGUACAGAGCCUGGCUCGUAACCCUUCAAAGAUUAAUUAAUGUUUGUUCCACAGCAUUCUGCAAUUGAUCAUUAAACUUUCAAUGUUAUUACAAA